AUGGAUUCGGGAAUGAUUGUUUUCAGCAUCAUUAAUAGAAGCAAUUCGAGAAAUGGGAGGAAAGAAAGUAGUGAACUUGAGCUCUUACCAGCCUUGACAAGCACUGUGGUGGUUCUGUUCUCUUCUCUUCUUCUGAGGUGGUCUCUGAUUGCAGGAAGACUUCCUGGAAGAACUUCAAAUGAUGUGAAGAAUUACUGGAGCACCUAUACACGACGUAAAUUACAAUCUCACAACAAAGAUAACAACGUAAAGCAGCAUGACACAGAAUCAACAUUGAAACCUCAUGAAGUUAUAAAGCCUUUACCUAGAGCUUUAUCAAAAACAUGCCCCAAGUUGCAGGAGAAAUCUAUAAAUAGUUUCAAAGUUGGUGUUAGUGAAGAAGGUGCAAUAUCUUCAUCAGGGUCUGGGAAUUGGUGGGAAACUCUGUUAGAUGAGAAGGAAGAGAAUAUUGCAGUUAACAAAAAGACAUGUUUCCUUGGUGGGGAAGAUGGAGUGUUUGAGCUUUGGGAUGAAGAGCUUGGUUCAGUAGCUUCUGACUUUCUUACAGAAGGAUUGAAGAGAUGCAGGAAGAGUUGUAGAUUGAGAUGGUUGAACUAUUUAAAACCAAAUAUCAAACGAGGAGAUUUUAGUGAGGAUGAGGUUGAUUUGAUUAUCAGAUUGCAUAAGCUUUUGGGAAACAGGUGGUCUCUGAUUGCAGGAAGGCUUCCUGGAAGAACUUCAAACGAUGUGAAGAAUUACUGGAGCACCUACACACGACGUAAAUUACAGUCUCACAACAAAGAUAACAACGUAAAACAGCAUGACACAGAAUCAACAUUGAAACCCCAUGAAGUUAUAAAGCCUUUACCUCAAGCUUUAUCAAAAACAUGUCCCAAGUUAUUGCAGGAGAAAUCUAUAAAUAGUUUCAAAGAUGGUGUUGGUGAAGGUGCAACUUCUUCAUCAGGGUCUGGGAAUUGGUGGGAAACUUUGUUAGAUGAAAAGGAAGGAAAUAUUGCAGUUAACAACAAGACAUGCUUCUUUGGUGGGGAAAAUGGAGUGUUUAUGCUUCGGGAUGAAGAACUUGGUUCAAUUGCUUCUGACUUUUUUACAGAAGGUGAAACUUGGAGCACUUUUUUCUUGACCUAG